AUGGCUCCGCUACCCUUUAACCUUGUCCUACCUCUUGUUAUCCUGCCUGUCUUAUAUCUUGUUGCAUUAGUUCUGUAUCGUUUAUAUUUACAUCCUUUGGCAAAUUUUCCUGGCCGAAAGCUCCAUGCAAUCAGCGCCGUCCCUUGUGCCUACUCCAUGGUCAAAGGCCGCCUCCCAUUUAAGAACAGGCUCUUGCACGAAAAGCAUGGAUCUGUUAUACGCAUUACACCCAACGAGCUGAGUUUCAACACUGCCCAAGCAUGGGUGGACAUCUAUGGCUUCAAGCCAGCAGGCCAUACCCAGCUACUACGAGACCCUAUCCAUAUCGGAUCAAUGGAUCCGCUGAAAGGCGUCUAUCCUAUGACCUUGCUAAACGGUGCCGAGCAUGGCCGGCAACGUCGGGCGUGGUCCUAUGCCUUCUCCGAUAGAUCUUUGCGAGAGAGUGAGGAGCAGGUCCAAGCCCAUGUGGUUAAGCUUAUAAAUCAUCUACGACAGCGAGAAGGCGACGAGGUAAAUUUGGCCCGCUGGCUCAGCAUGACAACAUUCGAAAUUAUUGGCGAUCUUACCUUCGCAGAGCCGUUCGGCUGCUUAGGAGAAGAUAAUGAUGAAUCGUGGUACAAGUUGAACUAUGCAACAUUCAGAAUGGCCGCCUUGGAGCAAGCUACCCGUCGCCUAGCUGAGGUCAACUCAUGGAGGCAAUGGUGCCUGAUGGCAUUAAUCCCCCAUUCGUGGAGACAGCUGCGUUUCGACCACUUGGCUUACAGUCGCGAUAAGGUGCUGCGACGCCUGGAAAAGGAGGAGGAACCUGAACGAGCGGACUUCAUCGAAUGUACUCUCAAGCAUCAGGAUCGAUUUGACCUCAAUGAUACGGAGAUCAUCGUGAAUGGGGCUACGUUUAUUGCAGCUGGAAGCGAGACCCUAUCCAACCUUCUUUCUGGUCUAGUCGCACAGUUGCUUUACAACCCAGCAAAAUGCGAAAAACUGCGUCACGAAAUCCGUUCAAGCUUUACUAAGUCUGAGGAGAUCAACCACGACCAGACCAUCACACUCCCUUAUUUGAACGCUUGCAUAGAAGAGGCCCUUCGAUUGAAGCCACCAGUUGGCGAGGGUCUUCUACGACGUGUACCCAAAGAGGGAGCCACGAUCGAUGGAUACUCGAUUCCGGGAGGCACAUCAGUUUCCGUCGACCCGUGGGCCGCGUCGCACAAUGAAGGCAAUUUCCGGGACUGUGAUGAUUUUGUCCCCGAGCGAUGGCUAGCAGACAAGGAGCAUUACUUUGCAGGCGAUAAACGAAAAGCCGCACAGCCUUUCUCCCUUGGGCCCCAGGGGUGCCUCGGAAAACAACUAGCCUACAUGGAGAUGAGGUUAAUUAUGUGUCAUUUACUUUGGAACUUCAACAUCAAGAGCACGGAUGGAGCGUGGCAAUGGGACUCUGCUGGGCAGAUGAAGAAUCUUAGGAUCUAUGUUGUAUGGGAAAAGCCACCAUUGAAUGUGAGGCUGAAGUCAGUCACUACAUAA